UUAAACUCCAUCCAAAAUAGCUUUGUUUACAGUAAUACCCUAUCGGUACCGGGAUCUACCAACAGCCAGUCGCACUCGGGUAUGGUGCUGCUAUCGCCUAGUCAACGAGGUAUUUCGUAUCCACCUCCAUCGCCUACAAGGUCUAUCAGCCAUUCUUGAUAUUCCAAGAGAUAUGUUUUAAGUUUUACUCAAACGCUUUACUCAUGUGUUUGCCGGAUCGAAGUUAUUUCAUAAUAUUAUUGUAAUGGCAACGUUACGCCGAGGAUUUGCCUUCUCGACAUCGAUCAAAAACCCACCGCUAAUCAAAACACGGAACGUAACAUCGCAGCAAAGUUUUGCGCUCUCGCAGCAGCAGAGCUUCAACUCGGCCACGCUAAAUCAACAUCCGACGCCGCCACCGCCUUGUACACCCUCGGCAUCAUCGUCAGCCUCGAUCACCAACUCUUGCCAUCCCGGUGCUAAUGCGAUUGCAGUCGGCGUAGUUGCCGGUCCUGUUGCUGCUGCUGCUGCCAGCCCUGGAACCGAACUACUACACAGCAGCCCAUCCAUGGCAACGCCACCGUCCGGGAAUAUCUCGUUUUUCAAGCGUAAAAAUAGCUUUCAAAGUGUGCCAUCGAACGGAAGCUCGGACCACCACACCGGGACCACAGACCGCGGAGGACUGUCCAGCGAAACUUAGGCCGAUAGUGGAACGCAGCGAAAAGCUGCGUUCAACACCAUCGCCUCGGAUUGUUCUUAUAUGAGUGCAGACGGCAGAGUUUGCGGAAAAGUGAACAAAGUCAGCUUUGCGGUAAACGCUCGGCCGUUCGCUCGGCCCGAAAAGCCGCCUGCUGCGUGGUGUCGUGUUGCGGCCCCAGGAAUGCACGGUGCGCGCCUCGAGCAGCUGAAGUUAACAGAGCGUGGAGGCGCGUAACACGCUCAAAUUUUUUUUGAACUCCGCCAAACACCAUAUGGUCGCUCUACAUGGAAUUGCUGUUCGAAAUAUGGCGCUGCGCAACGCUCGCAAUAGAAUCCGAUAUUUGCGGGCAAACAACCGAGGGGGGGCAGCAUCCAAUUGCAGUAAACGGGGAAAGUAAAACAAAAAAAACACAAGGAUAAAGGCAAACCAAGAACAUGAAAUCAAAAACCCCACACUUUUACGCCACCGGCGGGGUGCAAUCGCGCACGCGCGCGCGCGCACAUCGAAGACGAUUGUAACCAGGCGCGGCGCAACUGUAUAAUUUUGUUGUGAAAAGCAAAGACACACAUCACACAAGCCAGAACAAAAUAAUGCUGUGAAACUUAUCGAUGAUAUGCCUGCCUGUUAGCCUCGAGCGCUGCUCGAGCGCUCAACAUAUUUGGCAAACAUUAGUCUCAACUAAGUUCUCCUAAUCCUUAGCGAGGUGCCCCAGGUUAUUUCCUCCCCCAUAUUUUAAUCCGUAGCUGUAUGCGAAUGGGACCGCGGGCGAGGGAGGCGCGCCAGGGUGUUAGUCUGUAGUGUUUGAUGCGCUUUUAGAACGGAUAGCAUACUAACUGUUACACUGUCCGUUAACAUUAUUAGUCGGGGUUUUUUUUUUCAUUUGCCCGUUCCACCUCACCUCCCGCCAUUAGGCCGAUUGUAUUUGUCGAGAAGUUUGUUACCUGUUUGUGACGCUUAACGUGUUCGAUUGUUUGCUGUAAAUGGUAACAAUGGCGCCGGGGGUGGGGGUGAGUAUUCGAGGAACUGUUGGGCUAUUGGUACUACUGCAAAACGCUUCUAGUCACAGUCAGAAUUCGGGGAGCAUGUGGGGUAAGCUAGGUAUGUUCACUGUACAUAAGCCGUUGCACAGCCGUUGGUAGCAUUGCUCGUGGCUUCCUCGUGGCUAAAGGUCAGCCACACUGUAUGCUGAUAGUGCAAAGCAGAAGUUAGAAUAUUGUCUACCGUUUAAAGGUGUCAUCCUGGUGGUGCAAUUUGGUUGUUUUAGCAAAACCUUGCCACAAAAGCUACGGGUGUGGCAAACCCACCCCCCACGUAUACCCAUAAUGAUGAUUCCCAAGUUUUACAUCUCUUUACAUUCAAUGUCUGCAUGAUAGUCUCGUUGUAUGUCAAACACGCAAUGUACAAAUCGUUAAGACAAAGCUCAUCGCCCAGCAUGCGAAGGGCUAUUCGCUAUACUUAUACCUAGCCGAUCGGAUCGAUUCGUUCGUGGUUGGCGUAAAACAUCCGCCAAUGAAACACAAUAGCCGUGGCCACACGGAGCGAAAAUUUGCGCGCAAAUUUACAAAUUAAUGCCAAAUCGUUUACGCUUCGAUAUGUUUACGUGGCCGGGUUGAGGAAAUUAAAAUCGUUUUGUGGAAGAAAAGGAUUGAACACACUAGCAAUGAUCACUAUCUAUCAAUGUAAACCACAAAUAGAACAUAUUGCGAGCCCUUCCGUUUGCAAACAGCUUUUACUCUAGGUUUUACGCUCCACGGACCUAUAAUCGUUUGACAGCAUGUAAACGGCAAGCGUAAAUGUUUUGGCAUUAAUUUUUUCGUUUGC